CGACAGGUUGCUUGUUCGCCACCACGACCUCAAUCACGAACACGAACACAACCCACAAGCCAAGCAGUGCAGCAGGGUGAGCACAUUCCACCGUCAACCCAAGCGAACAACACGCAAGGCAGCAAGGCAGCGAGCGAAGCAAGCUUCAUCACCUCCCCCCAACGAAAACAAACUUGCUCAUCUGCAACACGCAAGAUGUAUGGGUUCAUCACGACGGCCACGUUGGAGUGGAUCGAGUCACUGGACGAUGGGGAGCGACUGCUGAAGGAGCUGUACGCCGAGCUGGGCGAAGACCCCAAGAACAACUUCUACAAGAAGUACAGCGAUGAGUACACGCAGACGGUGGUGCAGGCCGCCGCCAAGGUCACGGGCAAGACCGCAGAGCAGGUCAUUGCCGGUAUGGGGUUCAUCCAGAUCAACAACUUCGCCGCGCAAGGCUACACCCCGCUUGUGCAGGCUCUCGGCCGCACGUUCUACGAGUGCCUGCAGCACGUGGACGCGCUGCACCGCAACCUCGUCAACGCGUACCCGGACAUGCAGGCGCCCAGCUUCCGCCCCGAGCGCCACGAUGACGGCCUCGUCCUCCUCCACUACUACUCGAGCCGGCCGGGCCUGUGGCCAUAUGCCAUCAACCUGCUGCGGCAGGUGGCGCGCAUCGUGUACAACGUGGAGUUUGAGUACGAACACUACCAGAAGAAACACGAGGGCAAGGACCACGACAUCUUCAAGCUGUACCUGCCGCCAGAGGCGUUUGGCACCGAGGCCGACCUGGACGCCGUCGCACGCGCGCGCCAGUUCUCAAAGCUGUCCGCCGACACGGGUCUCUUCGAUGAGCUGUUCCCGUGGCACGUGCAAAUUGACCGCAAGAUGCGCGUGGUGAGCAUGGGGUCGUCGCUGCAAACGCGGUUCCAGGACCAGAAGCUCGACAGCCUCACCUUCCACGACGUGUUCAAGCUGACGCAGCCCAACGUGCCGCAGAAGACGUUCACCACCUUUAUGCAGUUUGAUCACGACGCGUUUGUGGCCAUUGCGCGCGACGAGCAGUACCACAUGAAGAAGGAGCAGAAGCACAUGGCCAAGCUGCGGGCGCGUGCGGCCGAGCACGGCUGGGACGACGACGACGACGCGUUGCUGCAGCGCACUGUGUCGUGCUCGUCGGUGGAGGGCGAGUCGUUUAUCAGCGUGGCAACAGACUACCUGUACAUCAAGGGCGAGAUGAUCUACAUCUCCAAGACAGACACCAUCCUGUUUGCGGGCGUGCCGCAGUUCAGCAAACCGGAGGAAAUGUACCUGCGUGGCCUGUCCCUCGCCGACAUCCCCAUCCACUCCAACGGGCGCGAGAUUCUGUUCAGCACCGCCCACCAGGCGGCCACCGUCUCGAUUGCCGCCGAGCUUGAGCAGACGACUUCUGACCUGUCGCGUGCACAGCAGGAGGUCACGCACGAGAAGCACCGCGUCCAGGAGCUGCUACACAGUAUCCUCCCAAAGCAAGUAGCCCAGUGUCUCUCUGACGGCCAAAUCCCAGAGGCGGAACGAUAUCAGAGCGUCACCAUCCUCUUCUCGGACGUGCCGGCCUUCCCGCGUAUCGUCGGCAGCGUCAAACCGGCAAAGGUGAUGCAAUUCCUGAACGACCUGUUUUCGCGCUUUGACCGGCUGUGCGAGAAGUACGACGUUUACAAAGUCGAGACCAUCGGCGAUUCAUACAUGGUUGCGUCUGGGAUUCCGGAGUAUGUUCCGGACCACGCUGAUCGCAUGGCGCAGCUGGCGGUGGAGAUGAUGAAGGAGGCGAGCAACGUCGUGUCGCCGAUCGAUGGCACCCCCAUUACCAUCCGUAUUGGCAUGCACUCUGGCCCCAUCAUGGCGGGUGUCAUUGGCAAGACCCGCCCGCGCUACUGCCUCUUUGGCGACACGGUGAACGUCGCGUCACGCAUGGAGAGCACUUCUCGCCCCGGCCGCAUCCAGUACAGCGCGUCCACCAUGAGCGAGCUGCACGCCGUCGACUCCAAGGUGACAUGGAAGAGUCGUGGUGAUAUCCCCGUCAAGGGUAAAGGCAACAUGGAGACAUUCUUCCUCACCGGUUACGGGCAGGAGGACCCGUCGCUCGCGCCGACGGAGGCCGAUUUCGACACGAGCAUGUUCACUGCUGCGAAGAAGAAGAGCCAGCGGCCAUCCAUGCCAGCACCAGCGGCAUCGUCGUCGUCGUCGUCGGCGCUUGGCGGCGUGGACAUGCAAACCCUCCUGCAGCUGUUUGCCACCAUGCAGGGCGGGAGCAUGAGCUGCCCGCACAGCUUCUCUGGUCAGCACCACCACCAACACCAUCAGCACCGCCACCGCCACCACCAGCGGUUUUCGUACGACAGCGGCGUGUGUCCCGUCAACCACCACAGCCCGCACCACCACGGCCACUAUCACCACCAGCACCAGCACCAGCACCACCGGGGCAGCUUUGUUGACGACACGUACGAGCCCAGCAGCUUCUAUGAUGUGCGGCUUGUGGUGUCGUCGCAUCGAGAUGGCGGCGGCCGUAGCACCAGCACCACCACGACCAGCACGGCGGGGUCACGCGGACACGAGGGCAGCAGUGGCAAGGACGGCACGUCAGCAACGACAAGCGGAGGUGGCUACUCCCUCAUGAAUCUCAUGUGCGCGUUUCCCAUGCGCUCGCAGGCCAGUAGCAGCGGCAGUGGCAGCAGCAGCCACGGUGCGACGCUUGCGGGCGUUGGUGACACCAACACGGUGGAGGAUCUCGUGGAGACGCUGCAACUGAGCAACAGCACCGCUGAUGACGACGAGGUGCACGUGCGUGUGUACGCAGACGCGAACCACACGCGACGCAUCAUGGGCAGCACGACCAUUGGCCAGCUGGUGCGAUGCAGGCUGGUCAAGCCAACACGCGCAAUGCCACACAACCGCGAUGUGGAGGAGGAGGAAACAAGCAGCAGCAGCAGCAGCGAUGGUGAUGGUGAUGGUGAUGGCUCGCAUGUGCACCACACGGCUGUUGAUGAUGGCACACACGCCCGCCCCGUCAUCACGCUUUACUGUGUACAGGGCCAGUGAUGCGGUCUGUGUGUGUGUGUGUGUGUGUGUGUGCGCGCGCGUGUGUGUGCGUGUGUGUGUGUGUGUGUGUGUGUGUGUGUGUGUGUGUGUGUGUGUGUGUGUGUGUGUUAGACUUGCUUUCGUGUGUGUGUGUGGGGGGGGGGGCAGUGAAGAACUGAUUGAUCGAUUGAUUCAUGCAAUAUUGAUUGAUGGUGUGCGUGUGCGCGCGUGUGUGUAACUGAGCGUGCAUGAGAAGAGUGGGCACGAUUUUGUGUCCAGCUGCGUUUGUGCAUUGCUGUGCAUCCAUUGCAGCCUUGGUUUAAGUUUGCUUUUCACUUUUGCUUUUGGAUUUGCGUGUCAUAAUGUUGGUUGUGUGAGCAACAAGGCGAUGGUGGCCAACACAAGUACACGAAUAGCUUUCUAGCCAAG